AAUGUUUUCUAUGGAUAUGUAUGUCUAUACUUUGAUAGGAAAUAUAUUUUUGCAUUAUCAUAAGUCUGUGGGGGAAACUGGGCGAGAUUUAAUGCGACCUUAUUUACAUGAAUUUCUUACAACUGCCUAUACAUUUUACGAUAUUGUUAUAUGGUCUGCUACUGAUAUGAAAUGGAUUAAAGCAAAAAUGUCCGAAUUGGGAGUUUUAAAUCAUCCAUCUUACAGAAUUACUUUUAUGCUAGACAGUUUGGCAAUGAUCUCAGUAAAUUGCCAAAAAUAUGGACUAGUUAACGUAAAACCGUUAGGAGUUAUUUGGAAAAAGUUUGAUCAGUGGAGUGAUAAAAACACUAUAAUGAUGGACGAUAUCAGAAGGAAUUUUAUUAUGAAUCCUCAAUCUGGUCUAAAGAUAAGACCAUUCAAGAACGCUCACCAAAACAGAGAUACGGAUAAGGAAUUAUUGAGGCUAUCUAAAUAUUUGACUGAUAUCAGCACAUUGGACGAUUUUACCAUCCUCAAUCACAAUAGAUGGGAAAAGUUCAGAAUUAAAUCGAAGCGAAAACAUCCGGAAUCAGACUCAAAGGCUUCAAGCCAUUCAUCAUGA